CCAAGGGAGACUCAACGCCAAAAGGAAACAUAUGGGCGCGCCUAAUCUAUAGGCUGAUGAAGAGAAUUUGGUUACGUAUGCGUUGUAUACACCAGCUAUUACGUGACAAGCAGGCUAUGCAAGUUGGUAUUAUUUUGGCUGUGUGACUACCUUCUGGCUAUAUUUUACGACUGGAUUGAUUCUCAUUAUGAGUAGUAUGCUGAAGAGAUCUCAUGAAGAGACUGUUCAGUCAUCUUCCAAGCAUCCUCAUGAAGAUGCUGUUACUUAUUCUAAAUUGUCAUCAUUGGCUUCGAAUGAAUAUCACAUUGAAACAGUUCAAGACUCCUGUGUGGCAAAGAUCCCACGUUAUGAAUCUCAUGAUACAGACAGACAAUUUCCUCCUCACUCAGCUCAUCGGAUGCCAUCAUUGUCUAAUGAGCCACAUUUAAAUCAUCCUGUCAGUACUGAAAACAGUUUAGAAGUAAGGGAUUUUAAGGAUGGUAGAGAUCUCCAGCUUGUGAACUGUGAUGUUAAGUCAGAGAAGAACGAGUUCCAUGGUGAGCUUACAAGGGAUUCUCAGAUUGCUAAGAAUGAGAAGGAUGUGCAUGUUAAAGGUAGAGAAGAUGACAAGAAAGAUGUUAGAUAUGAUAGGGAUAGUCGUCAUGAUUUUAAAGGUGAUAUGAAGACAGAGAAGAAUGGUUACAGUGUGUCGAGUAGUCCAUUGAAUUUGAAAGAAUCAAAAGAGCGCCAUAGGGGGAAAAGAUACUCUGAUGCUUCCAGUGGGGCUUUGGAUGUUAGGCAUGUAUCACAUGGGAAUACGAAAGGCUCUCUCGUGGCUGGGAAGGAGGGUUCAACUGCAGAGGAGAAGAAUUACGUGGAAAGUCAUGAGGCUCUUGGGGAGAACAAAUCUAAAGACAGAUCUAAAGAGAAGGAUAGAAAAAGAAAGGAUGUAAUGCAUUGGGAUUGUAGGGAAAAGGAAAAACAAAGAAGCGACUGUAGAAGCAGUAUGCAAGUAGCUACUAAAGAUGAAGGCAAAGAUUCUGCUAAAGAAGUUAGGGAUGUACAGAGGUUGGAGAGGGCGAAAAGAGAUGUUCCAAAAGACAAGGCUAGUUUAAAAGAGAGAGGAAAGGAUCGUAUCAAGAGGGACUUAUGUAAUGAAAUUGUAAAAGUUCAAAAUAAUGAGAAAGAGCAUGGUGAUGCAUCAGUUAAAAUUCCAGAGCAAGAUAAGGCAUUGCCAGAACAGAAGAAACCAAAAGAUCAUGAUAAUUGGAAAAAUGUUGACGGGGAACCAGCGGAGAGGAGGACUGAAAAGAAUUCUGAUUUAGGAGAUAGGGCUGAUAAGCGUAGUAGGAGCUUUGACAAGGAACCUGAAGAGGGAAGUGCUGAUAGGGAAGGGGAAGCUGAGAAUGAGAAGGAAGUCUAUAAUUCUGGUGUUCACCAUCGUAAGAGAGUGAAAAGAUCAAGAGGUCUUCCACAAGUGGCUAAUUGUGAGCCUCAUGUCAGAUCCCCUGCUCAAGACAAUGAAGGGUCUCAAGGCAAAGCAGAACUGUCUGUAUAUAAAGUUGGGGAAUGCAUACAAGAAUUGGUAACAUUGUGGAAGGAAUAUGAAUUAUCUCAAACAGAAAAAAAUGGUGAAAGUUCUAAAAAAGGCCCCACUCUUGAAAUACGGAUACCAGCAGAGCAUGUCACUACUGCCAAUCGCCAAGUCAGAGCUAGCCAGCUAUGGGGCACUGAUGUGUACACAUAUGACUCAGACCUUGUUGCUGUUCUCAUGCAUACUGGUUACUGUCAACCAUCAACUUCUCAGCCUCCCACAACCAUACAAGAGUUAUGUGCAACCAUUCGGGUGCUUCCUCCACAAGAAUGUUAUAUUUCUACUCUGAGAAACAGUGUCCGUUCCCGUGUCUGGUGUGCAACAAUUGGUUGCAGUUACCAAGUUGAAAGAUGUUGCAUUGUGAAGAAAGGAGGUGGAACUAUAGAUCUUGAGCCUUGCCUUGCACAUACAUCAAAUGUUGAGUCCACCCUUGCUCCAGUGGCUGUUGAGAGGACGAUAACUACCAGAGCUGCAGCCUCGAAUGCGUUGCGGCAGCAAAGAUUUGUACGAGAAGUCACAAUCCUAUACAAUCUCUGCAAUGAGCCUUGGACCAAGUACGGUAUUAGCAUUGUUGCGGACAAGGGUCUUAAAAAGCCACUCUUCACAUCCGCUCGGUUGAAGAAAGGAGAGGUUUUAUAUUUGGAGACCCGUUCUUGCAGAUAUGAGCUAUGUUUUACUGGAGAGAAGAAGAGGAAGUUGGUGCCACCAACUCAAAUGCAUGACCCAGAUUUAGAAAAGUCUCAAAACCACUCACUUUCCGCAAAAAGUGGAAAAUCUGAUGGGAAAAAUGUUGUGGUUGAUAUCUUUCGCUGGUCUCGCUGUAAGAAGCCUCUGCCCCAGGAAAUGAUGCUUACACUUGGCAUACCUCUGCCCCUUGAUUAUGUGGAGGUACUGGAGGAAAAUCUUGAAUGGGAAGAUGUGCAAUGGUCUCAAACUGGUGUUUCGAUUGCAGGGAAUGAGUAUCCCCUUGCAAGUGUGCACUUCUUGUCAACUGAUUAGUUCUUUUAUUUUAUUUAUUUAUUUAUCCUGAGGACGAUAGAUUUUUCCCUUUUUUUUUCUUUGGGGGGGGGUGGUUGGGGUUGCUUUGCUUCUUUCCACGCAUGAGGAAUUUUAAUACUGCUUUAAUAUGGUAAUAUAGGAUUUUAGUCUUUCAUAGAAUUAGCUUUGUUACUUUUUAAUGGGUUAUUUUUCCUUAAAGUUUUGCAUUAUUGUCAUUCUUA